CCGCACUUUUCUAAGCGAAGCUGUUAAACAAUCCCGCCAACGGUACUUGGCUCCUUCUGCAAUGCUACCUAAAUCAACCGCCUAGGCCACCCACACAACAGAUAAGCUUCACUGGCAAUAUCGUCUAAAACUUCGUCCAUAUAUUCGCGCCGUUUAAUUCGCCAACACCCUUUAAACAUCCACACACUCGCUCAUCUCCCAUCUUUGGAUAGCCUCUUAUACGAACCACACCAGGCCAUUGAAUCGCUCUCCUUGUAUCUCCACCGGAGCCUUGCACGCAAAGCAAUUCCCCAUCAGAGAAGAGAGAGAAAAAAAAAUCUCAUUGCAAACCACACUCGCCAUGUCUCAAGCCUCUAGAGUUGCCCUCGCCACAACGUGCACCUUUACCUGUGGAAUGAUUGCAUGGGUCCACUUCAGACAAAGACAGGAGAAAGAUGUUAUGCAUCAGGGCGUUGUCCGCGACAUGGAGCGACAGCGAAUCAAGAGAGAGCGCGAAUUGGACUUUGAUAUGCAGCGUCAAUUGGAGGCAGAGUACAAGCGCGAACAGAACGUUCACAACUCACUAGAGCCUCUGAGCAGCAACUCCGCCCCGCCGAAGUAGCGCCAGCUUUUUUUCUCCAAACAGUUAUUCAUGCCAUGUAUCACGAUAAGCGAGCUUUAGAGAUUCAUGUUCGUUUUACUUUUUGUUUCUUUAUUGUAUUAUUCUUAUCUACAUGUACAAAUCAUACUCUCCGCUCAGCAUCCAUGUCGCUGGCGUAGCAAUGGGAGUGAGGCUCCCCA